AUGAAUGUGAUUCCACUCAGCUGCAAGAUUUGCCAAUCAGAUAAAAUGAGGCAUUUGGACUUUGAGCUCAUCGCAACCAUCAUUGAAAGUCCUGGAAUGGUGGAACGCCUUGGAAACAUUCCUUCGACGCCAUCAAAAUCAAUGUGUUCCGUUCUUUGUUUAACCAUAGAUGAUGUUAGCAAGGUCUACGAUUGUGUUGCCUCCUUCAGAGAUGCAAGAAAAGUAUUCUUAGAGCAUAUGUUACUACUAUUGGACUCAACCAUCAAGGUUUCCAGCUCAGCCAUUGAGGUAGUUCGUCUCCUAAAAGAAGCAGAAGAACUGCUCUGUAAAUUUGAUUCACAGCUGAUGCCUCUUGCUGUUUCUAUCUUUUCUUACCUUGUUGAAAACAAAGUAGCCCCAAAGGAAAGAUCAGCCUUUAUCGCACUAGUUUUUUCAAGGUGGGAAACUACUUGCGACUCAAACGUGUGUGCGAGGUACGAAAUUCCUCAUAUUCUUUGGAAAAUCUACGAAAGUACCGGGAACGGAAAAGGAACGUCUGAGGCUAUGGAUCAUAUACAAGAACUAAUUGAACGCGUCAAAGACUUGGAAACACGCGUAGUAAAAGAGGCUAUGGAAAAUCCAGCUACUUUUGGGCGUGGCAGCACUCUUCCUUGCGACCUAGAGAGGCUUGCUCUCCAUUCCUCUUUAUCAUGCGAGGAUGUUGCUCUGUGUUUCCACCUCUCUUGCUGUUACCCGGGUGUUCGCCGUCUGACCUGUUUCAACCCGUACGCAGGUUCCGGUUCGCAAAUACGAGAUGGUCGCCCACUGCCCUCACCUCCUAAACACGACGAAUCCAACAACGAAGACGAUUUUUGGAACCGUACAAAAUUCAGUAGUGCCACCCACUAUUCAUUUGAAGAUAACUCUAAACCUUCAAAAACACCAGCGUCUCACUUGACUCCAGUUACGAUUGCAGAGAAAAUGAUGGUACAGUUGAGACGUCUCCAAGGUGAUGCUAUAAACCUCCGUGAUACUGCAGUUAAGCUUUGGAAUUCUUUGUUUUCAAACGAAUGUUUAACUUGUCCAAAUGAAGUCGGCAAACCUUCAGAUGAUUCUUCCGCUUGUGAUGAUAUGGCAAGGCUUUUCCUCUCCUGCUUGGAAAAGGCACCGUACUUUGAGGUUGUACCUAUCUGGUUCGACAAUGAAAUCCGCAGGGGCCUUAGUCAGCAUCACGUCCUUCAAUGUUCCGAAGUCAUAUUUGGAUCAUGUGGCUGGAAUGCCGAAGGCCUGGACAAGGAAGGGUAUCUUAAGAUUCAGAAUGCCAUUUUUUCAAUAUUACAAGACAUCCUGAGAAGUAGCUGUCAGUUUCCCGGAAUGCCCCUUUUCCCACAUGCAACAUCCUAUUUUCGUGAUCUUAAACCUCAGCUAGAGUCACUCCUUUGCAUUCUUCAAAAGUUCUUGCCGUUUCAAAUAACCUUUGAUCUUCUACAACUCGCCAGAAGAGACCUUCAAGCUGCAACUACGAUUGCAACAAUUGCUUCUCUUUGGACUUUCAAAAUUGAAGCAGAAAAGUUGCUGGAGGAAGUAAAAAGGCGCAUCGAAACGGAAGGAUUGUUUAUAAACCCACUGUGCAAAGACUUUGUUUGGUCAAUGCUAGAAGCGUGUGGCCGGGUUUACAGAGAUAGUUCUAAAGUUGUGGCAGACAAACUCGAAUGGCUAACCGAUUUACAUGCUCUAGAUGUUAUAAAUUACGGCCUUGAUCGGCUUCCAAACUGGCGUAGGUUGAUGACGGCGGACGGUCUCCCUGCCCGAGUGAUUGACAAAUGGUGUGUGUUUUUCGUCUUCACACCCAAAGAGAAUUUUUCUCUGCGUGAUGUUGAUGCAGUUCUUGACCUCAAUCCCACGUCCCUGCAGCUCGUUAAAAAUUCCUCCGAGAGUAUCAAAAGAUGCUUAUUUUCAGGAAAUGGCUUUCGAGAAACACAUUUGCAGGAAGAGGAAUUACCAAAUCCUUUGAUUAAGGAACACCUUCGACUGGCUAGAUUGCUUAGCGAAUUAAUUCACAUAUUGAAGCUCCGUAUGCCUGAAAAAACUGCAAUCGAUGCUGUUGUUGAGAAAAUUGUGGUCCAAGCUUGUAACAAGCUUUGCAUGAGUCAUAUGGAGAAAAUCAAGAAGGAAGAAGAUAAAGUCACGAAGGCAAAAAACAGAACCAAACAGUUACAGGGCAAACAAAAAAAGGAAGAAGACAAAACGAAUACGGCAGAGGACAAAUCCAAAAAGGGAGAAGACGGAACCAAAAGGGUAAAAGAGCAAACCAACACGACAGUAGGCAAUUCAAAAAGGAAAGAAGAAAAAAUGGCAGAAGCCAGAACCGACAACAUGGAAGAAAACGAGGGAAAAAGGACGGCAGACAAAACAGAAGAUAUAGACGACGAACCCAAAAUUGCAAAAGAUAAAACCAAAAGUAUAAAUCCCUACAGAAUCCUCCGCAAGACACUUGAGGCCUUUUUCAAUGAGUUUUUUGCCAAACAACCCACAAUCGCCGAUAAUCAAUCCAGUUUUCCAAACUGUGGUGAGGCACGUCAGGGACAAGAGAGCGAGUUAGGUUCGACAGGUCCCGUCUUGAAAGAUUCAACUUUGCCGCCGCAUAAUCUCCCAAAUGAAGUUUAUGAGUCAGUGCUGGUAUUAAUGCGACGCUGGUUGUCGGGUAUCACCAACAAACCAACCCUCGUUUUAAAUACUAUGAAGAUUGUUAAAUCACUUUUCUCAUUCUCGUAUGAGAAAGAUCAGUCCCAGAUAGAGAAGCUACAAGACGAGAUUCGACUUCAAAUUCUAUCAUUUCCAAGAAAUCAGCUUCUUCUUUCUCAAUUUCAAGCAGCAGGCUACAACCAGGGAGACUUGGCGGAUUCUAAGGACCUUUGGGCUUCGCCCUCUCUCGAACUCUCUUGUUUCCUCAGUAAGAGUGAGUUACCAAGUGAGAAACGCUAUGAAACGAAACUAACGAAUGUCCUCAGGCCUCAUUGGAUCCAAUGGAAGGACCUGCUUUUCAUGCUGAAUAUUCAAUCCAUAAAGAUCGAUGACUGUGACUUUCCCACAAGAGAUCUCUUUGGAAUUCAAGCUUCGCUGGAUGAAAUGGAGAAACAGGUUGCGGCAGCUGUAAAAGAAAUUGGUGGGCGGAUUGAGUCUGAGGACGUUAGCAGACGCGUGACACAACUAAUUCGUGAAGAGCAGCGACACCGUGCCAGAGUGACUAAAUUCCACAAGAGAGUAAGUAAAAUGAUACACGCUAACUUCGUCAAAGACAUUGCGAGCGCAGCUUGGAAGCUAGGAAUUUGGAACGUAUUCCAGUAUCGUAUGCAAUACUGUCUUUGCCAAUGGUUAAAAUUGCAAAUUGCAACAUUUACGGAGGAAGGAUUAUGACAGCUUGGACGAGGUUUCUAUGAUUUGAUAGCCCGUCAACCUCCCUAUAGUACACGUUAAUAGCCCUUCGAAUAAAUUGUGGUGUUAUGAUGGAACGAAUAAUCUACCAAAACGCACAAAUGAUUCGAAGAUGUUCCGACCUGUAGAUAGGGUAGGAAAAAGUUCAGUUUCCUUGAGAUGCAUUUUGAAACUUUUCUGCCAUGGAAUCAGUUCGUUUCAAAAACAUUUUAAAAGGGUGGCUACGAUUGACUGAGUUAAAGCUGACGUUAUAACAAACCUUGUCUUUAUUUUCCAGAAAGAGACUGACAAGCCUUGUAAAAAUAAGGUGGGUUUCGUGUGUUGUGUGUGCUUUAUUAUAUACCUGGCUUGCAGUCGUUUCACCGGCUAGCCUUCAGGAAAGUUAUCCUGGGCAGUAAGCCGGUAGGCACCUUGUUCCUUUCAGUAUGUCAAAUAUGAUGCUUAUGAAUAUUCUCACUAAAUAUUCUUAAACUAGACUUUAUGGCCCGUAAUUAAUUUAAAAAAUAAAAGAGAAGUUAGAAAGCACCAGGUUAACGCAAUAUGAACUCGAGGUAAACAAAUAGCUUCCCACAAUUAUUUUUGCGCUCUUGAUUCGCUGAUUAACAUUAAAUGCACUGAUUAACAUUUUCUGAAUAUGUAAUUGAAUCGCUCUUAAGGUGCGGCUUCGUUUCUCAGCCAUACAUGUAUAUGCUGCUUAAAAGAAAGGCAUUCUUUGUUUAAAGUACUUUGAUAAUUUCUGUUUCCUUUCCAAGACGGAAAAAGGGAAGACAAAACUGGUGGCUGUGUGGGAAAACCGAUUUUUAGAAAACAUCAAACUUUGCUCAGAGUUAAUUCCAGGUAAGCGAAUGAAAAUGUUAGGUAACUUCAUAAGUUUGUCUUAGAGAACUUGACAAAAAAAAAAGACUCAAAACGAUCUACUGUCUAAAUUUUCAACGUCCGAAUCUAGCUUAAAAAUAGCAUGCCAAACGACAGCUAACCUCUAAAUGCAGAAAAUCUCUUUAUUUUUGCAUGCUAAAAAUGCAUUGAAAAAGUGAACCCGUGACUCGUAUUGUCUCGCAAUGCCAAUCGGUUGUGAUGAACUGAAUCUGGUAAUGAUGAGUAAGUCAAACGAAACGUAGUUGUUGAAAAUCGACCCACGAACAAUACAAUCGUCAAAUUGGCUUGAAGCAUUUCUUCUAAGAAUAAAAUCGGAAUCUGUGCCACGACGAGGACAUAAUUUUUUAAUUUUUCGUAACUCAAAGUAAGUGGAUUUUGUUAGUGCUUCUGGGUAGAAAGGGAAACUUGGCACGCUUCGACUUGCCAAGGAAGAUUUUAAUCGUAAGUCUUAAAAGACUUCACGAAGAGAGGAGCUUGAAAGACGGUGGGACUCCUUGGAGAGAUUAUGUCACUUUCUACCGUUCCAAUUUGUAGGUUGUUACGCCCCCAACGGUUUCCACUCUGAGAAACCUGUGAUUUGCGCUUUGUCCGUGGACAACAGGAUCUUGACUGUGUUCAAAGAGGAGAAAGGCCGCAGAGAGGAAAUCGAGAAUGUCGAAGUUAAGCUCUUUGAAGCUGGUUUGUACGUGUACGGGUUGCAUACCAGUGGUCAUGACUACGUCACUGACGAGCUGUGGGCCGCAUUUUAUAAAAUGCUAUUGGAAAAAAGAUUGGUGCCCACAAUUGUCUUGUCCAAUGAAAGCCCGGGAUUUCAUUGGAUCAAGAAAUUUGUACAGCCUGGUAAGUGGAGACCACACGUGAAGAGAUUUUAAAUCAGCCAACACGUAUUUUUCAGAGUAAAGUCAACUCCCAUUUUUAAUAAUGAACAUGUCUGUGUUUCACAUUUUCAGUAAAAGUACAUCCCUGCUUCUGGAAGUGGCACCUACAUUGCGGCAUCGUUCCUCCAGAAGAAGACUAUUUAGACUACCGCCCAAUUGAAGCAGCCCUAUGUCCUUGGUUACACGGACUGAGCGAAUACCUUACCUUAACAAGGAUAAACGUCGCUAGGUUUCGUUUCAGAGAUUUCACGGUGAGUUCAUUCGAUAUCACAGAAGCUGACCGGAAAAUUUUGACCUUACAUUCCCUUUCUUGUGAAUCAGGACCCAUUUAUAUCUUAUAUCUUUUGCAUCCAAUAUCACUCAUUGCUUUUGCAGUAAAUUGAGUUGGAUCGCAUCCUUUUCAAAGCUUAUCAUAUAGACAGAUUUGUACUGUUAUUCGAUGACUGGCCAUUGCUUGGAAUGGUCUAUGCUGAAAAACGCUUUCAAAGGGCUUAAAAUGAAAGGAAAGCAACUGCUUACUUGUGGCAUGCUUAUGUAGUAUGCUCUAGUGAAGUUAACGAAACGAAAUGCCCAAACAGCUGAGCCGUUGAUUCAAAAUUUUUUAAACUUAAGGCGUUUUAGCUUCAUGGUGUCAUUAUUAUUUCCUAAUUAAAGAAAAAUACAGAAGCAACUAAUUAACUUCAAACUUUCAAAAAAACUUGUCUAAAUCAUGAUCAGGAUGCUCAAGUCGUUGAGAGGAAAGAGCAGCAGGCGAAAGAAGUGGCAAGAAAAUUCAAGGCCAUUCCUCAUCUGGAACGGGAAUUGCACUCGCUACACAACGACGCCUUAGUAAUAGGGAAACUGGCAUCGAAACUGGAAUUCGCUGUCAAGAAAACACUCACCCAAAUUGUAAAGGGAGAAUGGCCCACCACAGAAACUGUCAAGAAGCAUAUUGAUUUGAGAAGGCUGGCGUUUAUCAAAUGUGAAGAAUGCAAAUUGAAAAUUCAAAAAUGUAAUUGUAAAAGUUACCAUGAGGAUUAUGCAACUAUUGUACUUAGGGUGUGUGAAAACGUCCAGGAAACACUCUUAGUUUUGCUUUUCUGUGUGUUUCUAGUCAAUCUGUUUGCUCUGGACUAAUAUAGCUCUUGGUUAGGGGGUUUUAGGAAAACGCUAGUUGAAUGAGGACACUUCUGCCGAAUAAAGUUUCUUUGAAGAGACCUAAUUUUCUUUUAGUUUUAUUUUGUUUUGCCCUUUUCUGGCCUCCACUGAAAGGCAGAGUGACGCUUAAAAAAGUAGGAACCACUCAGGGGUCAGAGGUGGUUGGGCUGCAGACGAAAGUUUACUUUUGUCGUUUAGCUGUUUCCUUUGUUUUCGUUAUUUUUUAGAGGGCUCUUCUAUAGAGUGUUGUGAAAUUAAACCAAAGUAAUCAAAGUAAUCUAAACGAAUGAAAAUAUAAGUUUAUGAAAAAUGAGCCAACAAGAACGCAAAGUAAAAACAUGCAAACUGUUCAGGGCGCGAGAAAACACGGGUGACAAAGCCACGCAUGGUCUUAGUUUUAAAGCCGACUUUCUGGACCAAUUACUGAGCGUAGUAGAGAAAAAAAAGUGAUCUUGAAUUACUUUACACGCUCAACCGAAAGUGCUCUAUGCGCAGAACAUAGUUGGUUAACCAGAGCAAUGCUACUAUAAAAUUACAAGACUUUAAGAAGCUGAACUUUUAAUAUCUACAUACUGACAUUCAAUCAAAAAUCAGAUCCAUUUCAUAAGUACCUGACUUUAAGUGUUUUACUAUUAAAUAUUAUUAGCUAUGCCAAAAUGCUGACUUCUAUUAGUUAUUCGCUACAGUGAACUGAAAUCUUGAAGGUGUACAGAGUCUGGCUGGUAGCCAGAGCUAAGUCAAGAUAUAGUGAAUGGAUUCAAUCCAGAGAUAACGAAGAUCAUGUGGCCUGAUCGUCCGGGUUAGAGCGGUCCUGGUCCCAACUGAUGUCGAACACCCUAAACAGAAGUUACCUUCAGAGUCAUGUGAGUUAGACAUAGCCCAAUUCAGGACUACUCUCACCUGGACAAUCAGACUACAUGAUUGAAUAAGUGAAAAUUGGUAACUUUUAAUUGCUACCCAGGCAGAGGUUUGAGCAGGGGAAAAUAAGUAAUCAAUGUGACUUGGCACUUGACAUAUUUCACAUAGAAUUGAGUGAGAGACCCAGUGAAUCUUGUAAUGACCAGCUACUCAACCUUUAGCACCAAAACCAUGAUAAGUGAAGUAAACAGUCAAUACUAACACAAACUGUAAUAGAAUAAUUCAGAUCAGUUUAUAUCAAUUGUGAAAAGUGAAUUGUCCAUUCCUAUAAACUGGUAUCAAUAAAGGACUGAGAGGAAUUUCAAAGUAUAAUUCUGGCAAAACCUAAUUUUGAAGGUUGUACAACUGACAGACAGAGACACACACAGAGAAAUGCUGAAAUACAUACACACAGACAAAAGACAGCCCAACACACAGACAGAC